AUGUACUUGCCGUUUCGCUUUUUUAUGUUUAUAAGUCUAAAUCCACUAGAUUGCAAGCGUGUGUCGACAGCUCUGGUGUUGUGCAUCUCCAUCGCCGCGAACAUCGGUGGCACGGGAAUGCUAACUGGUACUGCGCCCAAUUUGGUAAUGGUGGGGCAGUUACAGGAUUAUGCAGAGAAGUCCGUGAUAUGCUGCUUUGUUCUUCUUCUGUCGUUAUGGAUGUUCAGAAAUCCAGGAUUUAUGAAAGGCUUUGGCGCACUUCUACCUAAAGGCAGUUACACUGACGCCACGUCAGCUAUAAUAGUUGCUAUUCUUCUUUUCGCGCUACCGAGCGAGAAGCCAGACCUAUUGACUUACAAAACAAAGGAAGACAUUAACAAGCAAUGCCGUUUAAUGGACUGGCCGACCAUGCAGAAGAGAUUUCCUUGGAAUGUUGUACUUUUGUUGGGAGGUGGAUUCGCUUUAGCUGCUGGUGUAAAGGAGUCCGGUUUGUCGGUGAUGGUUGGUAGAACGUUGGCGGCUUUUAACCAGCUUCCGUUGUGGGUCAUGCAAAUGGUAACAAUGGCAGUAGUAAUGGCAAUCACCAAUAUCUGCAGCAACACCGUCACGGCUACAGUUUUCGUACCAAUAGUCGCUACAAUGGGUGCUGAAAUGAAACGACAUCCUUUCACUCUGAUGAUACCAGCGACAUUAUCAUGUUCAUUCGCAUUUGUUCUUCCGGUAGGCACACCGUCGAAUGCCAUUGUGUUCAGUUCAGGAAUGGUCAAAGUUUACGAUAUGGUAGGCGUACUGUUGUCGUUAACACUAUUGCUACUGUAA